AUGUUUUCUAAACUUGGUAAAAGUUCCACCGAAGAAGUGGGCUACGAGAUUACGAAUGAGAUCGAGCCUGAAUUUGAAAAAAAGCAGUCGACACUACGUAACUUUGGCGCAGUGUUCACUGGCGGAUGUGCUUUUGUUUCUGAUGGUUAUCAGCAAGGUUGUAUUACAAUGAUCAAUGCGCUUCUCGCUAGUCAUUAUAAAGCCUAUGAUGGAGCCUGGAAAACAAGAGUUUCCAAUGCGGCUUUAGUUUCAAAUAUUAUUGGGCAAGUUCUAGUUGGAGUUUUUGUCGAUCGCAUAGGAAGAAAGCCUGCAUUCUCUUUGAGUACGGCAUUCAUCAUCCUUGGUUCUAUUCUAUGUGCUUGUGCUUCAGGGACCUCUGUUCAAGGUUUACUAUGGAUGCUUACCAUCAGUAGGGGUAUCGCUGGUGCUGGUGUUGGAGCCGAAUAUCCCACUUCGGCCUCCUCAGCAAUUGAAGCUGCGAGCGAGAGAUUAGGAAAGAAAAAGAGGCUGGUUCCAUUUAUUCUUUCUACUAAUGUCCCUAUUGGUUUUGGACUUCCUUUUGCUACCAUUGUUUUCCUCAUUUUUUUUUCAAUCUGGGGGGAAGAUCAUCCAAAUGGUAUCUGGAGAAGUUGUUUUGCAUUUGGAGCCAUCCUUCCAUUGGCAAUCUAUUAUUUCCGAAUGAAGAUGGAUCAUGCCGAGGUGUACAAGAAAAAUGCAAUCCAAAGCAAGGUCCCUUACAUUUUAAUGGUCAAAAAGCUUUGGAAAGAAAUCAUAGGGGUUAGCUUGAUGUGGUUUAUGAUGGAUUUUUGUAUCUAUCCUAAUAACAUCUUUAGCGCAUCAGUGUUACAAGUUGCAGUUCCACAUGCAAGUAUAAAAGAAACUGCCGAAUGGCAAUUAUUUCUCGGAAGCUUUGCAUUCUUUGGUGCGAUUAUUGGAAUUCUACUCUUUCGGUACCUCGAAAGGAAGCAAAUGAUAAUCAUUGGCUUCGUCUUAUACGGAAUAAUCUCCAUAGUUGUUGGUGCAGCCUACGAUCAUCUUGUGAAGAUACCCGCACUAUUUGUGAUUCUAUAUGCGUUGUUGAACAUCGUCAUGUAUGCAGGACCAGCAGAUUUCCAAUCCGUUGUGGCAUCAGAAUGUUAUCCCACCGCAGUGAGAGGGACUCUUUACGGGUUUGCUGCAGCCGUCGGUAAAGCUGGCGCUGCUGUUGGAGUUGAAGCUUUCACUCCAAUUCAGACAAAUCUAGGGAAGAAAUACACUUUCUACGUCUCUGGUGCUGCUUCAAUUUUGGGGGCCAUACUUGUUUUAUUUCUUGUCCCUGAUACCUCUAAAGUCGAUUUCGAAGAGCUCGAUCAAGAGUUCAACAGCUACUUACUAGCAAACGGAUGGGAAGGAAACAUCGGAGAGAAGGAAGAUAAAAGACAUAUAAAAGCGAUUGAUAUUAAUCAGGGAUAAAUUCGUCUGUGGAUGAU